AUGAACGCCAAGGACAACGACGGCUUCACUUUAGUUCAAGGCCCACCAGGAACGGGCAAGACCAAGACCAUUGUCGCAAUGGUGGGUGCAUUGCUCACCGGACACAUAAGUACCAAAUCUGCUGCUGCCAUCCCUGUCAGUCGACCGCAUGAUUUGGGAACUCAGACAAACCAACCUCCUCCGAUGAAGAAAUUAUUGGUAUGCGCUCCCAGCAACGCAGCCGUUGACGAACUAGUUCUACGGUUGAAGCAAGGGGUAAAGACGAUGAACGGCGCCCACCACAACAUCGGUGUUCUUCGACUAGGCAGGUCUGACGCCAUCAACACACUUGUCAAGGACGUGACCCUUGACGAGCUAGUCAAAUCCAGGAUGGAAUCCGAGCUCAACAAGAACGGCCCGGGUGCCAGUGAACGCGAAACAAUGCACAAGGAGGCCGGUGAAAUCAAAAUACGGCUGAACGAUCUACGGCCCAUGCUCGAUGCUGCCAGGGCUAGCAGUGACAGGGAGUCUCAGAGCAACUUGGAACGUGAAUUUGAUAGGUUGAAGCAUCGCCAGCGUCAGAUUGGUGCCCAAAUUGACCGCGACAAGGACAGUGGCACCACGUUUGUCAGGGAGAGCGAGGUCAGGCGCAGAGUGGUCCAGCAGCAGAUUCUGGACUCGGCACAGGUGCUGUGCGCAACACUCAGUGGUAGUGGUCAUGAGAUGUUCAAGAACCUGAAUGUUGAGUUCGAGACAGUCAUCAUUGAUGAGGCCGCGCAGUGUGUGGAGCUCAGCGCUCUCAUUCCACUCAAGUAUGGAUGCACCAAGUGUAUCCUCGUCGGAGAUCCCAAGCAAUUGCCGCCUACCGUCCUCUCUCAAUCCGCAGCUCGAUUUGGUUAUGAUCAGAGUUUGUUUGUGCGUAUGCAAAGGAAUCACCCCAACGACGUCCACCUACUCGAUACCCAAUACCGAAUGCACCCGGAGAUCAGUGCAUAUCCCAGUGCCGAGUUCUACGAGGGCAGACUUUACGAUGGAAAUGACAUGGGGGCCCUCCGCACCCAGAAAUGGCACGAGAGCAAAUUACUGGGCCCUUACCGAUUCUUUGAUGUCGAGGGUAUCCAAGAGCGCGGCCGCAAAGGCCAAUCACUGGUCAACACGAACGAACUCGAGGUUGCCAUGCAGCUGUUUUCUCGCUUCAAAAUCGAUUAUGCGGACUGCGACCUCAAAGGGAAAGUUGGCAUAAUCACCCCGUACAAAGCCCAGCUCUUUGCACUCAGGGACCGUUUCGCCAAUCGCUUCGGUGAGGGUGUCUUUGAUGAGGUCGAAUUCAACACGACCGAUGCCUUCCAAGGGCGUGAGUGCGAGAUUAUCAUCUUCUCUUGCGUCCGAGCUAGUCCGACGGGAGGUAUUGGUUUCAUGACCGAUAUCAGGCGUAUGAACGUUGGCCUGACCCGAGCAAAGUCGUCUCUGUGGAUACUUGGAGACUCCAGAGCUUUGGUGCAAGGCGAGUUCUGGGCCAAGCUGAUCAAGGAUGCCAAAGCGAGAGACCGCUACACUCGGGGUGACGUGUUAGCAUUACUGAGGAAGCCGAGCGAGAAGGUAUCGCGAAUGCAGAAUGGCUAUGAGGGUCGCAAGAAGUCCGACGUCGAGAUGAAGGACGCACCUGCAAUGGCGAUCAAAUCGGAGAUGCCAUCACGAGGUCCAGCACCGCCACCACAGUCCGUCGGCGGAUUUAAUGCGAAGGGAGAGAAUAUCGUCCAGCCGGCGAGGGGAGUGGGCCCUCCCCUGAUCGGAGAUUCGAAGAAGCGGCCUCUCGAAGGGGGUGACAACCAGUCUCCCGCACCCAAGCGCCAAAACCAUUAUUCGGCGACUAACCGGCCAAUCCCAACUGGGCCGAGAGCAGCGGCACUACCGCCCGCACCACCAAGACCUAAGCCGCCGCCGCCGAAGCCUGUGGACCCGUCGGCCAUGGAGGUAUUAGGGCUUGCACCUCCUUCGCGGCCUCCGCCUCCCCCGGCCAACCCUGGGCAGGCAACGAGGCCAACGAGGCCGCCGCCGCCGCCGGCGGGACCGUCGAACGCACCACCGCGGGGACCGCGACCACCAAAAAAGAAGAAAGACCCAUUCAUUCAGCGAAAGCCGAAGAGGCCUUGA